GCUCCGUGCAGCUUCGGAGCUUCUUCAGAAGCGCAACGAUAAUUUAUUUAUCUUUAUCUCGAGCGUGUGGGAAAACGCUAAAGGAAGGUGCGCGCGGGCUGGAGGGAGCAGGCCUGGUAUAAAUUAGCGGAAAAACAAAAGUCGACGGAGCGUGGAGCACAGAAAAUGGAGGAUCCCGCUAAGUCUUUACGGCGGCUCGCACGCGAGCCAUGCUACUCCUCGCGGUUGUGGUCGUCCUAAUACCGUAUAUCUGCCCGAUUUCCCCGGUGACCGGCGUCGAAAUGACCGCGACGCCGUGGGAGUCUGCGGCCGACGAGGCGGCGGCAGCGGCGGUGCGCAUCGUCGGCGGGGAGAUCACCAGCAUCAAGAAUUAUCCGUUCAUCGUCUCGGUGCAGCGCCGACCCUAUAGCCACUCGUGCGGAGGCACUUACGUCGCCUGUAGAUUCGUCCUGUCGGCCGCCCAUUGCAUGGUCAGACGGUUGCACGACGGUACGUGGGCAGCGGAGAAUCCACGCUAUUUCUACGUGAUAGCCGGCGCGACCUACGUGUAUUUACCAAGCUGGGGUUCCAUGCAAGUGGAAUUGGUAGACAAGACAUUGCCGCACGCAGAGUUUCGAUUCUCGGACAUGCGAAACGAUAUUGGAUUGUUCAGGCUGAAGAGACCCCUUUACAGAAACGCUUACGUUAAAUAUGUCACACUUCCGCCGGUAUACAUCGCGGAUAUAUUCCAGAUAUACACGGAGGAUUGUGUCGCGGCUGGAUGGGGUCGACACAUACCUGAUUCAGACAAAGGCAGCGGUACGUAUUUACAACACGUUCAAAUUCCAUUAAUCUCGCCUGACAAAUGCCCUAUGCCAAGUGUUCACAAAGAAAAGCAAUUAUGCGCUGGUGUACUGGAAGGUGGUCGUGAUACCUGUCAGGGUGACAGCGGUGGGCCAUUGCUAUGCAACGGAACGCAAGUCGGUAUUGUCUCUUGGGGCAAAGGAUGCGCUCGUCCGAAUACAGCGGGUGUUUAUUCUCGCGUGGAUUUUUAUUUAGAAUGGUUAAACGAAACUAUUGUUCGAAAUGGAGCCGUGAAGUACUCCUUUCAAAAUACUUCUUUCGCGAUAACAAUUAUUAUUCACGUCUUAUUGUUUAUAUAUCUUAUCGAUCUAACAUACUGAUUAUCAUAUACAUGUAAGCAAUAAGCAAAAAACCUACGCGUAAUUUUGUAUUUAGCUACAAGUUAUUAUUAUUACUAUGUCACUCUGAAGAUCUUA